AUGAGCUUCACCCCGCAGGAUCUCGUCCACUAUCUCCAAGCCGCCUCGGGCGCCAUCCCAGACGACGGAGACCGAAAGGGCAUUUACCUAGUUGUGGAAGAGGACAACGAUCUGAUUGAGAAACUCUGGACGGGGAGUGAGAUACGACCAGGUCUUUAUCGCGUCGGAUGUGAGGAAGGACACGCCGGCGCUCGAUGCGUCUUCUGCGUCGACACGAACAACACCCUCAAAUGCUACAAGUUCGACGCCGACGAGGAUGAGUGGGCCGAAAUCCCCCUCCAGGGAGAGCAGGAUGAUGAUGAUGACAUCGCCAUCCACCCCUCCAGCAGACUGAGCGGCUGCUUUGCUGCCUCCUCUUCCUCCUCCUGCGGUGGCGGGGGGUACAUGGUCUUCUUCCAGGACCUGGCCGGGCGUCUGCAGGGUGUCAGGAUCCAGAACGAUGGAAAAUGGGAAUUCCUCCCUUCCAUCCCCGUGCAUGUCCAUGCGCAGGAGGGGACGCCGCAUUCGGUCGUCGUGUCGGAUGACCGUGUCUUGCAUUUGCUGUACAUCCAUCAUCAGGAUGGUCGUAUUCAUCAUUUGACGAAGGGGUUGGAAAGUAGUCGAUGGGAGGGCUGUCCAGACACCCCCCUCCCAGGCCCAAGAUUCAACGGCCACGACAAAGUCACCAACUUCAUGGCCAUCCCAAACGAGGACCUAACAUUCGAAAUCUGCGCCCUACUAUCCCCCUCCGGAAAACCUGAUCCGAAUCAACAAAGACGGCGCACAGACCGAGUUGGGAAAAGUCCGCCAGGGGGGCAAGUUCGCUGCCGUCUCGAGCGAGGAAGAGAUAGGAGUUCUAUGCUCGAUCAAAGCUGUGCCGGGCGUAAUAGCCAAAAUAGAUCCUUUAGAUUAGAUUAG